GUGAAAUGUCCGGGCGAGUUUAUUCCCGAUUCCCCUCAGCAAAGGUCAGCGCCGUUGAUGGGGGGAGCAGCGGCUGAGUGUGGCAGGACUGAGGCUGAACUCUUUGAACCAGGUCAGUCCGGGAUCCGGAAGGAGGUGAUCUGCACGGACCAUUCCCACUGAACCAGGUCAGUCCGGGCUCCGGAAGGAUGUGUUCUGCACAGACCAUUCCCACUGAACCAGAGGACCGGACUUUGAGGUCGUCCGUCGGCACCAUGGCAAUGAAUUCAAACUGGAGGGUGGACGCAGCGACGUCAACAUCCGGCGAGGACACAGGUCUAACGUCUACACUUUCUGAACUGACACAGUGGGAUGAGUAUCAACUGUUCCAGCUGGGAAUAUUCUACCGGGAGAGACUGACAGAGGCGAUUGAAGGAGGGGUUGGACAACUCAGUCUAAUGUUGAGAGAGAAGGGACAUUUCAGUGGAGAAGAACACGAGAUAAUCCACGAGCUCGAGGAGAAGGGAAACCGGAAAGACAGUUCCACGCUCUUCCUCAGUCUGGUGACGGGGAAAGGCUCCGGGACCCGGAGGGCGAUGUGGGAAUCCUUUAUGAAAACGAGGAAGGAGUUACCAAAACUGGACAAAAUACUCGAAGAAAUCCAAGAGUUCGGUCCUGACCCACAUGAACAUAUGAACAUCGCCCGAAGUUUCUCUGACUUACCCACUGAACCGAAAGAUGUUCUACAGAAACACAAGGAGACACUGCGGGCACAAACGGAAACACUGAGAGUCAAGACGAUCCUGAUGAGGGAGAAGGUGAAGGUUUUCCAGCUGGUUGAUCGAUACGCUGAGCUCACGGUCAUUUCUACUGUUCAAGCUUGGAGACUCGUGGAACAUGAGCUGUUGGCAAGAGGCCGGGACCAUGAGGAGUGGAGAGAGAAACAUCUGCCGGAAGGGUGGGAAAAAAUCAAGACUGAUCAGUUCUUCCAGAGCAGGUUUUCCCGGCGUAAGUCCAAAUCUGGGAGUUCGGCAGCAGUGGCCGGAGCCCCGGGGAUCGGGAAAACAACCAUGGUGCAAAGGAUUGUUUACGACUGGGCCACGGGGAAGAUAUACCAACAUUUCCAGUUUGUCUUCAGUUUCAAGUUCCGGGACUUAAACUUCAUUAACUGCAGAAUAAACCUAAGUGAACUGAUUCUGGAUCAGUAUCCUUACUUGUGGAAUGUUCUGGAAAAGCUUUGGAAAAACCCAGAGGAGUUGCUCUUUAUAUUCGAUGGUUUAGAUGAAUUCAAAGACAGAUUCGAUUUUUCUGACAGUCGGAGAGACAUAGAACCUCAGCAUAUGUGCACAGACCCUGAAUUCCGGUGUAAGGUGUCUGAACUUGUGUACAGUUUAAUCCAGCACAAGCUGCUCCCAGGGUGUUCUGUGCUGUUGACCACCCGCCCCACUGCAUUGCAUUUAUUAGAAAAAGCGGAGAUCAGUGUCUGCGCUGAAAUCCUGGGAUUUGUCGGUGAGCAACGGAAGGAGUAUUUCAGCAGGUAUUUUGAAGAUCAGACGGUGGCAGCAGCUGUUUUCAAACACGUGGAGGAGAACGAUAUCCUGUACACCAUGAGCUACAACCCCUCCUACUGCUGGAUCCUCGGUCUGUCACUGGGCCCCUUCUUCACACAAAGAGACAGGGACCCGCAUAGAGUUCCCAGGACCAUCACCCAACUAUAUUCCUGCUAUAUUUACAACAUCCUGAAAAGCCACAGCCGUGAGAUUGAAAGCCCCCGUGAUGUGUUACUGAGGGUUGGUCAGAUGGCCUUCACGGGAGUGUCCGAGAAGAAGAUUGUGUUUACAGAUGGAGAUUUGAUCAAGUACAAUCUGCAGCCUUCCCAGUUCCUGUCCGGGUUCCUGAUGGAACUUUUGGAGAGAGAGGAUUGUGCCCGGAGCGUGGUGUACACAUUCCCACACCUCACCAUCCAAGAGUUUGCAGCCGCUCUCGCACAAUUCCUGACUCCGGAUCCCGUAGAUAUCAUGAAAUUCCUCUCUGAAGUCCACAGCGAAGAAGAUGGGCGGUUUGAGAUAUUUCUCCGCUUCCUUGCUGGUCUCUCCUCUCCAGGGUCAGCUCGCGGUCUGGAGGAGGUUCUGGGUCCGUUUAAUCAUCAAACAACCUGUCGGGUGAUUGACUGGGUGAAGGAGGAGGUGAAACGCCAUAUUGGAAACACAUGGAGCGAAGCUGGUAAAAGGGGCCUCCUGAACACACUGCACUACAUGUUUGAGGCUCAGAACUGUGGGCUGGCUCAGGCCGCACUGGGAGUUGUGGAAACACUUUCAUUUCGUGGAUUUCGACUGACCCCGGUUGACUGUGCUGUGCUGUCUCAUGUCCUUGGGCUCUGCGAUACAAUUAAACACCUCGAUCUGUGGAACUGCCACAUUGGGAGUGAAGGGCUCCAGCGGCUGGGUCCCGGGCUGCACAAGUGCCAGGAGCUGAGACUGGGGAGCAACAACCUGGGUGAUUCAAGAGUGAAACUAGUGUCUGCGGCUCUGAGUGACCCCGAGUGUAAAAUACAGAGACUGUGGCUGAAUCACAGCGACCUUAAUGGCCCCGAGGCUGAGAAUCUCGCCUACGCUCUAACUGCAAACCGCUCGCUGACAGAGCUGGACCUGGGGGGAAAUACACUGGGAGAUUCAGGAGUGAAACUGCUGUCUGCGGCUCUGAGGAACCCAGAGUGUAAAAUACAGAGACUGUGGCUGUGGCGCGUCGAUCUCACAGAUUCUGGUGCCGAGGAUCUUGCCUCCGCUCUCAGCACAAACCGCUCACUGACGGAGCUAGACCUGGGAUAUAAUGAUCUGGGAGAUUCUGGGGUGAAGCUGAUGUGUGCGUCUCUGAGGGACCCGGAGUGUAAAAUACAGAAACUGGAUUUGAGUCGCGUGGGUCUCACAGAUUCUGGUGCCGUGGAUCUAGUCUCUGCUCUUGGUACAAACCGAUCACUGACGGAGCUCGACCUGGGAUACAAUGAACUGGGAGACUCGGGAGUGAAACAUCUAUCUGUGGCUCUGAGGGACGCCGAGUGUAAAAUACAGAGACUGGGGCUCACCUGUAACGAUCUCACUGCUUCCUGUGCUGAGGAUCUCGCCUCCGCUCUCAGCGCAAACCCCUGGCUGAUGGAAUUGAAGCUGGGCAUCAAUGAACUGGGAGAUUUGGGCGUGAAACUCCUGUCUGUGGAACUGAGCAACCCGGGAUGUAAAAUACAGAGACUGCGACUGGAUGAAAACGGUCUCACAGCCUCUUGUGUCGAGGAUCUCGCCUCAGCUCUCAGUACAAACUCAUCUAUGACAGGGUUGGACUUGAGUUACAAUGAACUGGGAGAUUCGGGGGUGAAGCAAUUGUCCGCAGCUCUCAAGAAACCCACCUGCAAACUGGAGACACUGCGUCUCCGGGCUGUCGGUAUCACGGCUCCAUACGUCAGGUACCUUGUGUCCGCCGUUAAGGGAAACCGCUCACUGGCAGAGUUGGACCUGGGGCACAACCAACUGGGAGACUCGGGAGUGAAAGUGCUGUCUGCAGCUCUGAGGAAAGCAGACUGCAACGUACAGAAACUGGGCCUGUACGGGACCGGCCUCACCGAUUCCUGCAUCGAAGAUCUGGCUGCCGCCCUCGGCGUCAACCGCUCAGUGACGCAGCUGAACCUGGGAUCGAACUCGUUCACGGACCAUUCGGUGCCCACUCUCUGCCUCCUCAUUCAGACCCGCGGAAAUCUGCAGCGGAUCAAGCUCUGGGAGAACCAGUUCAGCACAGAAGGGGAGAAUCAGCUGAGGUCACUGCAGGGAACCAGACUCGGACUGAGUGUGGAGCUCCACAGAAGUUUUAGCAAGUAAACAUCAGCGCCCUCUGGCUGUGGCUGGUCCCGUUGCCCCACUCCCCCCACCAAGUGGGAGCCCUUCACAUUUGAAGGUGCCACAUUGCACAGAGUGCACAGAACGACGUGGAGCAAGAGAAGGGCACGGACCCGAGAACGGGAUAGCACAGGUACAGGCCAUUCGUCCCACUGCGUCGGUGCCUAGCGUGCUGCUGAAUUAAACUCAAUCUCUUCUGCCUGCCGAUGGUCCAUAUGCUUACUUCUCCCGGAUAUUCAUGUGUCUGUAGAAAUGCCUCUGAAACAUUGCUGUCGUGUCUGCUUCCAGCAUUCCUCCUGGCGGCGUGUUUCAGUCACCCACCACUCUCUGUGAAAAUAACAUUGCCUCCUAUAUCGCUUUUUAAACUUCUCUCCUAUCACCUGAAACCUCUCAUGAUUUUAUGCACAGUAAUAAACAUCUGUCCCUCACAACUUGUACUCCCAUCUCCAAAAGAUGAGUUUAAGAUGUUGUAGUCACAUGUACAUCGAAACACACAGUGAAAUAGGUCUUUGUGCGUUACUAAGAA